AUGAGUGGACAAAUCGAUGUUGCUGCAAAACAUUUAUUCAAAGCACAAACACAUGAAAAUCAAAUACAUCGUGUCGAUAGUGAUGGGAUACUUCUUCUGCUAUAUGAUACCCUCGGACAUAUUCAUAGAGAAAAAGGCGAAUAUGAUUUAGCGUUACUGUCUUAUAAAGUAAGCAUCGAGAUUGAUCCAACAUCACAACGUCUUGAUGAUCUAGCCUUUAACUCAACUACAACAGCAACAUGUAAUUUUACUGCAUGCAAUUCUCAACGAAUAUCAUGUUCAUCGAAUCUUAACUGCGAUUGUUUUUCAUUAACAUCCAAUUCGAAUAUAGGAAUAUGUACUUUAGCUACUCUCUCCUGUGAAAGUUUUGUACGGUGUAAUAUGGAUAAUAUAACUUGUUCAAUCGAAAGUACAAUCUGUGUGAAUAGUACACGAUGUGGUCAACCAGUAUGCUACCCAUUACCACUGGCAAACAAACAAAUUUGUCCACCAAAGACUAUUUCAACACAUACAACAAGUACAACUAAAUCUACAACAAAGAGUACAACAACAACUCAGAAGACAACGACUACCACUAAAAGAUUGACGACAAUAACUACUCAAAAGCCUACGACUACCACUGAAGCAGCGACUACUCAAAAGCCUACGACUACCAUUAAAAUAUCGACAACAAUACCAACAUCAACAGUUCAUUUCGACACUACAACUAAUCAAUCUGGUACAGCCACUAGUAAGUAA